AUGUCCGAGGCUUCGAUGAAAAUAGCCGAAAGAGAUAUUUGGAGACAACCGUCUCCAACGACACAGACAGCAGUGGGCUGUCAGCCACUGGUUUUGUCGACAGGAACGAUGAUUCUGAAUGCGACGAAGACGGUAGUUAUUGAUCCGGAGUACCCUGCCACAUAUACACCAUUCUGUCCAAAUGGUGUGCUACCUAUCGGUGUGUUUAAAAGCCCUACUUUGAUGGAAAUGGGUGAUUACGGUAACCUUUUGGCAAAUGAUUCUUCAGACCUGUCGUCGCCGUCAUCUACAUCUAUGCCAAUGCUGCUACCGUUUUCCAACUGGCAAAGCCCAUUUUAUACAAGCACAGUUCCUGCUACUAUAGCCAUAGCAGCGACUACUACAGUUUGCUGGACACUAACGUUGGCUCUCUUCUGUUCUCCUCGAAGACCAGUAUUUAUGAAAAGUUUACUGCUGAUAGCGUGUGUAUGUAUGACAAUAAUGUCAGCAGUUUACAUGAAAUACCUACGUCGUCAGUAUGAUAGUGGCUUUGUCGACGGUUUGCUGAUAGUCGACAAUGUCGAUGAUAGCACACUCGAAUCGGUUGCAUUAAUGAUAGGAGAAUUUGUUUUACUGCUAGCAGAGCUGACUACAUUGAUGCGAUUGUUUCCUCGAAAACGAGAACAGCGACUCAUUGUGUUUACAGGUGCUCUGGUUAUCUGUACCGAUCGAGUGCUGUGGGGAAUAUCAGCAUUUGAGCCAUCGUCACCAGAGGACCGAACAGACCCUGUCGACGCUAUUAUUGUUUUUGCAUAUUUAUUUUCAAUUGCAACCUCGAUCAUUUACGCGGGAGCCAUCGUGAUAUACUCGUGGUGGAAAUGGCGCAUCGCAUACAAACCAGAUUUACUCAUUAUCGCGUUUCUGUCUCAUAUCGCUACCUUUUUACCUAUUGUACUAUUUGUUCUGGACCUGGCUGACCAGUAUUUGGACAGCUGGAGCACUUAUGCCAAACUCGCCAGUUUGCUCUGUGCCAGUGUCUGUGUUUGGGUCUGGGUGGAUAGGAUCGAGGAUUAUGAAAAGACACUAGAACUUCACAGUGUUCUUGGUCGUCAGCAAUACACUGAAGACCACAAUCCGUUUGAUUUUGAAGGAGGACAUGGAAAACUCUCUUUCAAAGCUGUAAAGCAUCUGUCUGCUAGUUCUGACAAUAGCACUGCAAAUAGUACUGUUGACAGCAGCAAGCCCAAUAAUAACAAGACAGCGGGAAAGCAGGAUACCUCUAAAAGAACUCGUCGUUCCAACACUGCUGGCAAUAGCAACAACAACCGUGAUCAAGAAAAUGCCGAAAUUAACAACAAACGCAACAACACCAAUCAUAACCGGAACGAAAUCCAGAAAAACCCGACUGUCACUUAUGUUAUCGACAACAUAGCAAAUGACAACAGUUGUAGUCGUUCUAACGAUAACAAUGGCUCUGGAACUUCAGGAAUAACUCAUGACUUUGAACCACACAACGCAGCGGCCAUAGCCCACGAACGCAAACGUCAUUCGCCAUCACUAUCCACACUUGCAUCUGAACCCAACGACCACAACGAACCUCCUAUUACCACUAUUUUGAGCAACUCAACCACCAACUCACAAGCACGAUCAUCUUCUACACCACUCACAAGCCCAGCGAACGCCAGCAAAACUUGGAACUCAAGACUACUGAAACUGAUCAAAUUCAAUAUUCUCAAUCGUCCAGGAACCUCGAGCUCAACACAAACCACCUACGUUGUCUCUUCAGCAGACCACGACGGCGCUCCAGAUCAAACUGCUUCUGGUGCCAUUCCACUCCAAUCCUUCGACAGCAGCUCCUCAGAGGGCCCCAUGACCGUUCACAAACACCCAUUCCGCUCAACACGCCCUCAGUCGCCAGCUUGA